AUGACUGUGACAGGGGAUUCUGGUUCCGCAGAUCAACUUAUUUCACAGAAGGUUCACGCAGUGCUCGAAGAGCUAAAGCAUCUUAGCGACCUAACGCAGGAGGAACUUGAUUGGUGUGAUGCGACUACCGUCAAGCGCUACCUGCGAGCACGCAAUGGUCAUGUACAUAAGGCUGCGCGCAUGCUCCACGGGACACUGAAAUGGCGCCAGGAGUUUGGUGUUGGCACCCUCCGUUUGGAUGAGUUCCGGGGUGGCCGCCAACUCGGCAGCGGCCGCAUGUACACCGCUGGGAAUGACCCCGCCGGACGCAGCAUACUGGUCACCCGCAAGCGCUCCGACGCGUUCCAGGCCGGCGAGCAUUCGGCCUACCUGCGCUUUCUCGUGUUUACGUUGGAGACAUGCGUGAGAGCCAUGAAGGGCGGUCAGGAGAAGUGGGUUUGGCUAAUGGACAUGCGAGGCUACAGCCGGGCCAACUCCCCGCCGAUAACCCCUUGCCUCUUCCCUUCGUACCCGGACACCCGCAACCAUUUAGAUGUCGCCAUGGCCACACUGCGCAUUCUGUCGGACCACUUCCCGGAGCGUCUGCACCGCUGCUUCUUCAUCGACGCACCGUCCCUCUUCAGCUUCUUGUUCAGCGCGCUGUGGCCCUUCGUCGACCCCGUCACGCGGCAAAAGAUCGUGUUUGUGGCCUCGAAGGAUUACGCCAAGCAGAUUGAGGCGGUGGAGGCGGCGGGCUCGGAUGAAGGGCAGCGGGAUGCGGCGCUGCGGGCAGCUGCUUGCGCCAAGGAUCCCGACGCUUUCUGCAAGUAG